UGCCGUAUCGGGAGCAUUCGCAUGACGUGCGCCAUUGGCUGCCACAACAACUGGCCCAUCUACCAACUGGACGUUGUCGGUGCCUUCCUGAACGCCCUCUGCGACAGAGAUGUGUACGUCAGACCCGCCCCCGGUACAUCCGCCAAGAACUCCGCGACGGGAGAACCCAUGGUGUACAAACUAGAACGGAGCCUCUACGGUCUAUCGCAGUCGCCGGCGCUCUGGAAGGACACCCUGGACGGCGGCAACAUCAUCGUGAUUCUCACGGUCUACGUAGACGACAUUCUCAUCACAGGAGGAGACCAGCAGCUCGUGGACCAGAAGAAGAAGGAGCUCACGGAUCGAUUCGAGAUGGCCGACAUGGGAGAGGGAAAGCGGAUCCUCGGGAUCGACGUAGAGCGGGACUACGAGCAAGGAACCCUGGCCAUUUCACAGGAGCACUACGUGAACACACUUCUGGAGCGGUUCGGAAUGCAAGAGGCCAACCCAGUGAGCACUCCUGGAUACGGAGCGGAAAUCUCCACGAAUCAACCUCAGGACCAAAUCCUAGGACCCACGGACAAGAAAAUCUACUGACGGGAAGGAUCCUCUACCUGGCUCAGUGCACGCGAUUCGACCUCUCUUACGCGGCCCUACAACUGUCCAAGGCCUGCAGCAACCCAGCGCAAGUGAACAUGA